ACUGGAUGAGUAUCAGCUGCCGAUCUUCAGUUUGCAGUUUGUGGACGUGGUUCUCCGGUCUCUCCGGUUUUUCGUGCAAAACUGUGUUGCAGUGCGGUUCGUUGGCCUCGUACUUUCCGGUAGAUUAUUCCGGUACGACCAAUCUGCUCAAACUUAUCACAACAAUGGAAGGGUAACCAAAUCUAGUUGUUUGGAAAUGCCAAAUAAAGUGUAUCCCACUUUGCCAAGCUUUUGCGUCGCCAUUUGACCUACUAUCGCCAGAGAAACGCUUAUCUGCAGUAGAUCAAUCUCAGCAUCUGUACAACGAAAACAAUUACGGGAGACGCCAUUGUCGUUGGAUUGACGAAUCGCUGAUAUGACGGCGCUACUUCCACCGGAUCCGGUCUAUUGCCUGAAAUCGUCGGACCUUGGUGCGUUCCACUCGCUGUGUUUUCACACGUCGGAACGUCUGUAUGCCGGCAAUUUCCAUGGAAAAGUGCAGCUGUGGGACUUGCAGACAAACCGCUCACCAUAUCAGCUGGCGGCCGGCAAAAGCCCCAUAAUCGGUUUAGCUCACACCGAAGAUGCCUUGAUAACUCAGGAAAAGGAGGGCACCGUGAAGCUGUGGGAGCUGACCAAUUCAGCUUACGUCCUCCGGCACGAAACCUCCACCGAUCACGUCGGUUUCUGUCGUUUCGUGUACCACAACGAUGCUGUGAUAAUGCCCCGCGGGGACGCCAACAUUUCCAUCCUGUGUGGGCAAAGCUUCAAAGAGCGGCAACUGCUCAAUCCGACUGCCGCCGAGCCCACGCUUCCGCCCCUGGGUACAGUUAUGUGUAUCCUUCCGGUGGAGGUAAAGGAAAAGCCAUACUUAUUAGCCGCACACGAGGCCGGAACGCUAGUGCUUUGGGACCUGAACAGCUCGAAACCGAUCAGCCAUCUGAAGGUGAGCGAUGACGACUGUCUGAUGGCCCUGGAUUACGAUCCGUUCACCAAUCGGGGUGUCUGCGGUGGAGCAUCCGACAAAAUAUACGUGUUCUCGCUGGAGCGGCCAACAAUGCAAUUGUGUAAAAAGUCUGAAAUAUCUGUGAAGAACGCCGGCAUUAGCCGGCUGAAGAUUCGUAAGGAUCUGAAGGUGUUUGUGAGUGCCGGGCGGGACGGCAGGAUUCGCAUUUUCUCGUGGAAAAGUCUGAGGCCGUUGGCCGUGCUGACCGAGCACCGAAAGGAGCUGUUGGACGUGAUCUAUUCGGAAGAGAAGGUAUCGAUGUGGAAGGCUGUCAUCAUGGCUGCGGCCGGAUCGGAUGGGCAGAUUUCGCUGUGGGAUCUUUACAACUGACAUACCGCAGAAGAAAAAGGCAGAUAAGUACUUUGAGACGUUGCGUUUACUUUUAUGAACGUUGAUCAUUACUACAUGGUGGCUCUUAGAUCCAAAACUAAAUAUCUAUAUCCUUCGAGUGACUCUAAGAGUGAUUACGUAUAUACAACUCACAUUUACAAACGGCUGAAAUUUUAUGGAUCCCCAAUAAUCUGAUUGUUACUACUCGUUCUUCAUUUUAUUUUAUUUAUUAUGUUACAAAUAUAUUGACUUAGCUUAGGUUCUAAUUGGGCAACCCAUCUUUUGCGAACACAUGUUCAAGCUACUCUCAACUUCUUCUAAAGAAAGUUUCAUUUUCCAGGAUUGUGUUUGUGAAAUUACAUUAAUGUAAUGACUACGAAUCUACUUCGACUAGAACGAAUUAUUAAACAGUAAUAAUAAAUAAUUGUUUGCUACAUGUUUUUUACAACAAUAUAUACGUCGAAUAGCAA